AUGUCUAACAACUUGAGUUCUGACAACUCAGGCUCAAGUAACCUUUACUCCAAAGUCAAAAAGGUUGGUCUUAAGCUCAAAGGCCAACCCCCUGUAAAGAAACCAAAAGUUAUUGAAGCACAAAAGCCUGAGCCGACAGGAGACUCCAAUCAAGAUGAUACGAGAGAACUCAAUGAUCUACACGCGCAGAUAAAACGACUAGUCGGUCUGCAGCUCACUAGAGCCGAAAAGGCCCAUAGACUAGCCCUUCUCCACCGGCGAGAAGAGAUACUUAAAGAGAAACUGGAGAAAACGCAUGCGCAGCGAGUGGCAGAAUUCAACCAAAAGCUGAACUCUCUAGGAGAACCCAUGUCAAACUUUAAAUUGCGAUUGCAUACACCUCAGGAAGAUACCGAUGAGGCAAAGUUUGCUCUCGAUGCCGUGGAGGCGUUGGGGACGUCUGCUCAAAAGUCGGAUCAGCUAGAAAUGGAGGCAAUUUAUAAAAGGUUGUUGCAGAAUUAUAAAAACGCAAUGCGACUGGUGAUUCAGAGCUCGUUGCUGCCUAUAAUUUCAAUUCCCGACCCCGUCAGGUCCACUGUUUUAUCAGCGGGUUAG